UCCCUCUCUCUCUCUCUCUCUCUCUUCUCCUCUCUUGCUCUCAAUAGCUCUGUAAGUUUGCUGUUUCUGCACAUUGCUUCGAUAUGUCUUUCUGGUGGAUUUGUCCUGCUCUUCUCACUUUUUGCACCAUAUUUAAUACCCAGGCUCUGAGGACAUACCCAUCCAAUGAAGUAUUGGCUUAUGACGCUCUGCAUCCCUGUGUUCUAACAUCAUGUUCAGUAACGUUGCUCGACUCUAUGUCUGCACUUGGAGACCUGGGAUGGGUGGCAUACCCACCAGAAGGGUGGGAAGAAAUAAGUGUAAUGGAUGAAAGGAACACUCCAAUGAGAACUUACCAGGUUUGCAAUGUUCUGGAGGUCAGCCAAAAUAACUGGCUGAGAACCAGUUGGAUUCCAAGAGGAGGUGCUCAGCGUGUCUACAUUGAGAUAAAGUUUACCCUACGAGAUUGCAACAGUCUCCCUGGAGUAUCAGGCACAUGUAAGGAGACCUUUAAUAUGUAUUAUUAUGAAUCCAACAAUAGCAACCUGUGGUUCAUUAAGGAGAACCAGUACAUCAAGAUUGACACCAUAGCAGCAGAUGAAAGCUUCACUCAAGUUGAUGUUGGCGACAGAGUCAUGAAACUGAACACAGAAGUCCGAGACAUCAGUAACUUGUACAAGAAAGGCUUCUACUUGGCUUUUCAAGAUGUUGGAGCAUGUAUUGCUUUGGUUUCCGUUAGGGUCUUCUACAAGAAAUGUCCCAUGACAAUUCGCAACCUAGCUCAAUUCCCGGAUACUGUUACUGGAGGAGACUCGGCUCUGGUGGAGGUAAAGGGAUCUUGUGUGAAUAAUUCAGUGGAGUUUGAUGUUCCCAAGAUGUACUGCAGUGCAGAUGGAGGAUGGCUGGUACCUAUUGGCCGUUGUGCUUGCAAGCCAGGCUACGAAGAGAAAAAGGAUUCGUGUCAUUCUUGCCGCCCGGGGUAUUACAAGGCUUUACUGACUGAUACCUACUGUGCCAAGUGCCCUCCACACAGCUUCUCCUUACAGGAUAGCGCUGCCGAAUGUACCUGCGAGAAAGGAUUCCACCGGGCAGAAUCUGACCCCAAAUCUAUGCCGUGCACAAAACCACCAUCUGCUCCAGAUAAUCCAAUUUCCACCGUGAAUGAGACAUCAGUCAUCAUGGAAUGGAGUCCUCCUGAAGACACUGGGGGCAGAUCAGAUGUCACAUACAAUAUACACUGUAGAAGGUGCCAAGCAGAGACACAGAAAUGCAGCGCGUGUGGAAGCGGAAUCCACUAUAUACCUCGACAGUUUGGUCUGUCCCAGCCUCGAGUCCUUAUCACGGAUCUACUUCCCUAUACCAACUACACAUUUGACAUUGAGGCUUUGAAUGGUGUAUCUGACCUGAGCGCCAGCCCAAAGCAGUUCAUUUCUGUGAAUGUUACCACAAGUCAAGUAGUAAAUGUGAUCCUGAAGGAAAGGAAGAGUAAGGAUAGUGUCACUUUGGCUUUUCAAGGACCAGAAAAGUCUAAUGACAUCGUGGUGGAAUAUGAAGUCAUUUAUUAUGAAAAGAAUCAAAAGGAACAGAAUUACACUGUAUUAAAAACACGAUCUAAUUUUAUGACGGUGGAUGGCCUGAAACCAGGAACUACUUAUGUCUUCAGAGUCAGAGCUCAUACAGUUGGAGGUCAAGGAAUUUACGGUGGAGAAAUUGAGUUGGAGACCAGCACAGAAGAUAUUAUCGCCAUCGUUGACCCAAACCAAAUUACUAUAUUGGCCAUCUCGGUGGCAGGAGGAAUUGUUUUGCUGAUUUUCCUGGUGACCUGCUUCUUUGUCAGUGGAAGACACUGUGGUUAUAUCAAAGCAAAGCAGGACCCAGAUGAAGACAAGAUGCAUUUUCAGCACGGGAGAGUGAAGCUACCGGGCAGUAGAACCUACAUCCACCCGCACACUUACGAAGACCCCAACCAGGCUGUGCGAGACUUUGCCAAAGAAAUUGAUGCUUCCUCUAUUCGGAUUGAGCGGGUCAUAGGUGCAGGUGAAUUUGGAGAGGUAUGCAGUGGUCGGCUUAAGUUACCCAGCAAGAGGGAAAUUUAUGUAGCUAUAAAGAGUCUGAAGGCUGGAUAUACAGAAAAACAGAGAAGAGAUUUUUUGGGAGAAGCCAGCAUCAUGGGGCAAUUUGAUCACCCAAACAUUAUCCGACUGGAGGGUGUUGUCACCAAAUGCAAACCAGUGAUGAUUAUAACCGAAUUUAUGGAAAAUGGUUCUUUGGAUUUGUUUCUUAAGAAACAUGAUGGCCAAUUCACUGUGAUUCAGUUAUUGGGAAUGCUCAGAGGCAUUGCAUCUGGAAUGAAAUAUUUAUCUGACAUGAACUAUGUCCACCGAGACCUAGCUGCUCGAAAUAUUCUAGUCAACAGCAACUUGGUUUGCAAAGUCUCCGACUUUGGCCUUUCUCGAGUAUUGGAAGACGACCCUGAAGCAGCAUAUACCACUAGGGGAGGCAAAAUUCCCAUUCGAUGGACGGCUCCAGAAGCGAUAGCAUACAGAAAGUUCACAUCAGCAAGUGAUGUAUGGAGUUACGGGAUAGUUAUGUGGGAGAUCAUUUCAUAUGGCGAGAGACCAUACUGGGAAAUGUCCAACCAGGAUGUCAUAAAAGCAAUAGACGAGGGCUAUCGUCUUCCCCCUCCGAUGGACUGCCCAGUUGUAUUACAUCAACUCAUGCUGGACUGUUGGCAGAAAUGUAGAAGUGACCGUCCGAAGUUUGGUCAAAUUGUCAAUAUACUCGACAAAUUCAUUCGAACCCCAAGUAGUCUGAAUGAACUUGCCAACAGCUCUGAGUGGCAGGAUCCAAGUAUGCUGGACUCAUACACAGUGACUACUAUUGAACAGUGGCUAGAAGUAAUCAAGUUGAGCCAGUACAUCGAGCACUUCACAAUGGCAGGUUACGUGACUCUAGACUCAGUGAUGUACCUUAACAGCAGUGAACUCAGCAGAAUUGGAAUCACACUUGCCGGCCACCAGAAAAAGAUAUUAUCAAGCAUACAAAACCUUCAGGCACUGGGGACGCAUUUGCAAAUAUAAGUCCAAGGUAUUCCUAAUUCCCAAUGUUCCUGAUACUCAGAGGGAUCUUCUCUGCCUGCCAGAGGCCAUAUACUCAGAGAUGAAAACUAAGAUCCUGUUCACCUUCCAAUAACAAGUGUACAACAGGGAUGCUGAAUUUAAUGUCCCGUGUUUUAUAAAGGGUGAUUAAACAUGCCAAUAGUCUGAACUUAUGACUAAGUGUGCCUUUGGGAGGUGUUUUUGGAUUCCAAAAAAAUCCACAAAAAGCUAAAAACAACUUGAGAAAGUAUGAAAUCAUUUUCAGUACUGGACAGAAAACUGUAUCAAUGACAAAUAAAUAUUUGACGUGACACCGCAUGAGAGGUCGGACAUUGAACUGAUCGAUGUUCGGGACCUCAACUAUUCCAUGUGUUGGACAAUCCUGAGAAAGGUGGGUCUCACCUGCCUGGGACGAUGGUGAUACCAGGUCAUAUGCCCAUGUUCCACCACAGAUGGCCAAGUAAAUGUAGCUGCUGCAGACUUGUGUUAACGAAAGACCCUCAAACAUUGCCAGGAUGGUGUUGGAAUCCUUGACGGACAUUAACCUUCCAGCGUUACAUCAUCAUGUGCGUUUGUUUGUUCCAACAACUCAACCUCUGAUGGCAAAUGCGUUUUAAUGCAUUAUAUGUGUGUGUAUUUAUGAAUAAACAAUAUGUAUAUUUUGAUUUUCAUAUCCCAGAUCUGUUGCCAUCGCACUUCUGAUUGCUCACAAUGCAUUGUCAUCAAACUCAAUAAAGUCCGUGUAGCAUUUGUAA